AUGGCAUCGAGCAUUAAGCUAGUUAACUCUACCGCCUCCAUCCAAGGUCCGGAGGCGUUCACGGAGAGCCUCUCGCAGGGCGUGCAGAGCCUCAUGGGUCACGUGGUGGGAGGCACGUUCGGCUCGGCAGCGCUGAUCACCGGCUCGCUUGGAAAUACGCUCGCGUUGCUGUCCAUGGAUGAAGACUACAAACGGAAGCGGAGACUGCGUAUUCAGUCCAUGGGAACGAGGGGCGCACCAGAAGCUGUCAUUAUGGCAGGAAGAGGCUUCGUCAUGGGCGUGGCCCUCGGACUGUCCGGCAUAGCCACGAAACCAAUAAAAGGGAUGCAAGAUGAAGGCAUAGAAGGCUUCUUCAAGGGUGUAGGGAAGGGCAUUAUGGGUUUGAUCACUAAGCCAGCCGGAGGAGUGAUUGAUAUAGUUGCCAUGGCAUUUGAGGGGGUCAAACGGGCAGCGGAACUUGGUGAGGAUGUCAUAUAUAGAGCGCGGAUCCCAAGGUUCAUCAACAAAAACAUCGGCCUGCAGCCGUACUCCCCCUACCAGGCGGUAGGACAGCGCAUGCUGCGGGAGCUGUGCAGGGGUCAGUACACCGAGUCGGACGUCUAUUUCGCGCACGCGCCCCUCAGCAAGCAGGAGAGGCCUGACGUUUUGCUUAUAACUGACAGGCACGUGUUCCUGCUAGAGAAGUGUCGUUUCUGGGGCACGUGGGAUAUUGACUGGUUUGUCAACCUAGAAGACAUCAUUGAUAUCUCUGGCAUUGUCAAGGACAAACUUAUUUUCAAGGUCAAGCAGGACAAUAAUCUGAAUCCAUUCAGCGGGGAAGAUAGAUUCAUCGUGAGCCAGGACAGCCAGAUCCUACACUGGGUGUUGCAGCAGUUAGAAUCCGCACUACUCACAUAUAGAAACACAAAGGAAGUGUGGAUGUAACCGCAUACGACCAGUCUGAAUGUCACAGCAGUCAGCCGAUAGACUAAUGGGAUGUAACGACUACAGCUGCAGAUAUAACAGGAGCCAAUGACAAUGUAACAACAACACGACUUGGGCAUGAUAGUCCCCUCUUAAUUUGAAAGAAAUUACAGAAAGCAAGUUAGUUCUGAGAUAUCAACAGAUGGUGUGAGAGUAACCGUAACGAAACUGGGAAUGGCCAGCCAAGAGGCAAAGCCGGCUUUUUCUGGAUACAUCCAGCCGAGCUGUUUUCUCGUGUGAAAAUAAUCUGUGAAUAACUUGUGAAUAUCUCGGAAGUAUUUUGCCAUUGUUCGAAUGCACAUCAUAUGCAAUGAUUUCAAGUUGGGAGGAGCACAUGGUGGCAGUAAUGGCGCCUGCCCGUGUACCGUCGCACGGUUCCACGCCAAAGCACGGCUGCACUGCAGAGUCCUGGCUGAUAUACACGCCUAUUUCUCGAAUAAAUGUGAGAUUUGCCGUGAGAGCGACACCUGGGUAAUCAGCAGUUUGUCAGCCAUUAAUGAUAAUAAUGCUUAGCAAAGAGGUACGUCCCAUACUGCGGAGUAAGUUCGACAUGCUUGCGAGCUUGUAAUAAGGAUUUGAAAACGUAAUAUAUUUGGUCGUCGGACCCCAUCUGACUAUAACUAGUUCGCUGGCGGCUUACGGCGAAAAUUUUCUUGUUAUCAGGUUACAUUAGCCGAAACUUCUGUAACUGCGCAAUUCUGAAUUUCAAGUCGUACGUUGUAGUAUUAAACCAACCUGCAAGUUGCUAGUGCACAGUAUAAAACAUAGUAAAGCAGCAUUGCGUGUUAGGGUGUGAAUUUAUUGUUUUAACUACGUAGUCUAUUAUUUAUGUACCUACACAGGUAAAUUGUUAAUAUAUAUAUACAUAUAUAUAUAUAUAGUGCAGUCAGUCAGUAUAGACAGUGUAGGAGGCAGAAUGCUCCAUAGGUUUGACUAAUCUGAGGCUUCCGUUGGCAGCAUGUAGUGGAUAUCAACUGCGCAAUUGAUGGUGAAGUGCACAUAUUGUUUUUAAUAACUGUUAUUAUUUUGAAAAUGCCAGAGGUGUAACUGUUAGGGGGAGUUAUUGUGCAUAUAUAGAUGGAACACGUACUGGUUAGUUUCCUAUAUCUCCACAUUUGCAUUUAAACAUGUUAUAUACUGUUUAUUGUAUAUACAGACCCGAGCCCUGUUUGGUCGAUUUUCCCACACUUGAAGUGUCAUUUGCCAUCGCCUGUUUUGCACGGGCUUUAGUGAUGAUUUUGUGUACUUCCUCACUCUGUGUAUUUCCAUAGUGUAGUACUCUGCUAUUUAGUUAUUGCCUAAGAUGUGUCUGUUGUCAGUGGCUCUUCUCUUCGUGCUAUUUUCACCCAGCUUUUGUCAACACUUAUUACUUCCUGUUUAACUGAUUAGACUCGGGAAUCUGUCGUACUGUGAAUGUGUUUGCGUGUUAGUGUCGUCUUGAUACGUAACGUUAGUCCUCAUGGAGUGUCUCGUUUUGUGUGUGCCAUCUCUUCAUGUCGAUUAGUUAAUUCUCACAAGGAUUCCAAUGACUUUCUAGGUGGGGGGUAAGUUGACGAUACGCGUCUGAUAUGUACAACUACUCUCUCGUGCAUUGUGCGUCCUGGCUCCCAGUGUCAUUGGGCUGUCCCCCCCCCCCUCCGUGAGAUUCGUCUCAUUGCUUUACGUUUUCCUUAUGCGUGUUCACAUCUUCUGUUACAUGUUACGUAUGUUCGUCGUCUGUCUCCUCGACUAAACCUGUUUUUAAGAACGCGUAGGAUUGAGUUACGCGGUCGAGUUGUCAUUAUGUUUAGGUGUUACACGAUCGUGUACGCUGGGGCAGCAUAGUUUGGUUACACGCUCGAACCAGAGGGGGAAUGUUCUUAUUUAUUCGUAAAAGUUCAGCAACAAAGCUUGACACAUGCGCUCUUUCUUGAUGGUAUCCACCUGCAUCCGUUGGCCCUAAAUUAUCCAGUCAUUAUGUAAUAUAGUUAUUACACGGAUGAUACAAUAAUUGCAUUGUUGUGAUUCGCUCGAGUUUGCGAGGUUAGCCGAAACGUCGUGAGGUUAGUGGAGGCAUGUUCGCGGAAGCGAGCGUGUUGGCUGUGCGCCUCGCUCGUAUAGAUGAUGUUUGCUUAGGCGCGAAUUAUAAACAAUUCAUGUAAAGUGAGUUAUAAAUAUUUGCUCUCCUCAUUCUCAGCUGCU